GAUGGCGGACGGAGAGGCCGAGCAGGAUCGCUGCGCACAGAGCAGCACCAGCGCAGCGGCGGCGGCGGCCCUGCGGGAACGUCUGCAGGAAUUAGCCGCAGCCUUGAAGGACAGCCCGGAUUCUCCGGAGCAGUCCGCCUCUCAGUAUUGCCAGGACUUCUGCCAGACCCUGGUGGAGUACGCCGGCCGAUGGAGGAUCGAACAGGAUCCCCUGCCUCUAAUGGAGGUGUACACAGUGGCCCUCCUAAGCUACGCCCGCGCCACGCCCUGCCUGUCCUCCCGGUGUGAAAACGUAUCCAUAGUACUUGAAAGGCUGACCCUGAGCUGCGUGGAGCUGCUGCUCUCAUUGCCUCAGAAUGUUCCCAGUGCAUUAUGGGAGGAGUUUCAGUCUUCCGUGCAAGCAGCCCACACUCUGCUACAGCGGAGCGGGAACUCGCAGCUGUGCGUGCUGUCCGCCGUGGCGCAGCAGACCGGCGUGUGGGCCCACCCCACGCUGCGCCGCCUCCUCUCCCAGGAAACGCCCGAAACCAAGAGAGUUCACGAGUUUCUGGCACUGGAAGGACCUGUUCUGUCAGAGAUGCGGAUAAAGCACCUUAUAAAAGAGAGCCAGGUGGCGAAGGCUACGCUGCUGGCAAAGGCCUGCUCAGAGUAUCCCGGGUUUGAAGGAAAAGGCCACUUUAAACAGACUUACCUGGUCUGUCUGUGCGCAACGGAACCUCAGGAGUCCCUAAUGCAGGAGCUGUCUAAGGUGGACUGCAGGGACGCCCUGGAAAUGAUCUGCAACCUGGAGUCAGACGGGGACGAGAAGGGCGCCCUCUGUUUGUGCUCGGCCUUCCUAACACGGCAGCUCCUCCAGGGAGACAUGUACUGUGCCUGGGAGCUGACGCUCUUCUGGAGCAAGCUGCUCAAACGGCUGGAGUCAUCGCCGCAGACGUUUCUGGACAGAUGUCGACAGAUGUCCCUGCUGUCCAAAACCGUCUACCACAUCCUGUUCCUCAUCAAGGUCAUCCAGUCUGAGAUGGACGAUGUGGGACUGCCCGUGUGCAUUGAGCUGUGCAUAAGAGCCCUGCAGAUGGAAUCGAGUGACAGCGGCAACACCAAGGCCACCAUCUGCAAAACCAUCUCCUGCCUGCUGCCCUCUGACCUGGAAGUGAAACGGGCCUGCCAGCUGACGGAGUUCCUCCUGGAGCCCACGGUGGACUCGUACUACGCGGUGGAGACGCUCUACAACGAGCCGGACCAGAAGUUGGAGGAGGAGAGCCUCUCUGUGCCCAACUCUCUGCGCUGCGAGCUGCUGCUGGUGUUCAAGACCCAGUGGCCCUUCGACCCCGAGUUCUGGGACUGGAAGACGUUGAAGAGGCACUGUCUGGCCCUCAUGGGCGAGGAGGCGUCCAUCGUGUCCUCCAUCGACGAGCUGAACGACAGCGAGAACCCCGAGGGGCCCGAGGACGAGGACGCGGGCAAGGGCCUCGGGGAGUACCGGGACCAAACGGAGAGCUUCUGGGACACCACGAACGAGCUCAACGAGAUGGAGGACGAGAGGAAGAAAAAGCGGGAGAUUAAGAAACUGAGGGAGAAGGGGUUCAUAUCGGCCCGGUUUCGGAACUGGCAGGCGUACAUGCAGUACUGCGUUCUGUGCGACAAGGAGUUCCUCGGGCACAGGAUCGUGCGGCACGCGCAGACGCACGUCAAAGACGGAGUUUACAGCUGCCCGAUAUGCGCCGACACUUUCGACUCGAAGGAGGUGCUGAUGCCGCAUGUGGCGUCGCACGUGAAGCAGUCCUGCAAGGAGCGGCUCGCUGCCAUGAAGACCAGUAAGAAACUGGCAAGCGCUUCAAAAGCGGCCAAUCCUGACUCUGCCGCUCUGAAGGAUAAAGCUAAGGCAAAAGACGGACUUAAUUCUGACGACGGUCUGGAUGCUAACAACGAUGAGAAUUACGAAGCGUUAAGACUGGCCAAGGCCGAGUUUUCUGCGGUCAAGGCAGAUGGCACGGAGGAAUACACGUGCCCCGUGGUCAACUGCAGAAAGGGUUUCAAGUACUAUAGGAAUCUUAUCGCCCACGUGAAGGCGCACAGAAACAGUGACGAGGCUAAACGUUACCUGGAGAUGCAGAGCAAAAAGGUGGUGUGCCAUUACUGCCGUCGACAGUUUGUCAGCGUCACACACCUUAACGACCACCUGCAGGUGCACUGUGGCGUCAGGCCGUACAUUUGCAUACAGCUUAACUGCAAAGCCAGCUUUGUUUCCAGCUCUGAGCUGCUCGUUCACAGGAAAGAGCAUGCUGUGUUUAAGGCUAAGUGCAUGUUUCCCGAUUGCGGGAGGGUGUUUAACGAGGCGUACAUGCUGUACGAUCACGAAGCACAGCACUACAAGACCUUCACCUGCAAGACUCCGGGCUGUGGAAAAAUAUUCCACGCUCAGUCUCAGCUGGAUUUGCACCAGGAAGAACACGUUAAAAAGGAGGAGGAUCCCCCCAGUCCUGAGGGCCAGACUCCUUUGCAGGAUAAGGCUGAACCUCAGUGUGGGUCCGACGAGCAGGAACCAAACCACUCCGCUUGUGUCAAUGCAGAACUGCCUCAUGAUCAGGCUUCUCGGCUGCAAGGAGCAGCUGAACAGAGCUCAUCAAGCUCUGCAGACGAGGUUUCCUCGCACCCCCGGGGCCCUGUAAAAGUGAAGCACUCUGUUGAGAACAUGCUGAACCCAGCUCAGGGUCCCAUGCAUGAGCCGGAGCACAGUUUGCCGUUCAAAACCGAGCCCCCAGACUUAGAAAGGCCAUCAUUCCCGUUACCGUGUUCUGAUGGGUCCAUUAACCAGUCUUCUGUGAACACUCACUCCUCAGGCUCAAAUCAACCCGAGCUGCCUAACUCAGCAUCGUCUCUCCUUUAUGAUCUGAGGAAUGUGGCUUCACAGGGUCUGACUAUCCCACCAGUUCCACAUCCAUGUGUCAUCCAGGAAACUCGCACACCAUCACACCCGAACAUGUUACAGGGCCAAGCCCAGUUAAUGUUUCCAAAUGAUCAGAAUGCUCUACCUAGUGAGGGAAAUGAAGAAAGAAACAGAGACAGUCCCAACUGCACAGGACCAGUGCCUGCACAACAUUCAGGCAUGUUUCUACCGAACCACCCAGCCACCAACCAAGCCCCCCAUCACAUGUCUGCCAUGAUAGCUGGGAUUCCCCCACGUCCCGCCUCCCAAGCCGUUCUUCCACAGACUGUCCCUCUGCCAGCAGGCGGGGCAGGAAUGACAAACGCAGUUUCACAGCCUCCGUGCAACACCAGCGCUGUGCACGCCGAAGGCGAGAAGGAGAGGCACAACUGUGCGUUUGAGACAUGCACUCGAAACUACAGCUCUUACAGGAGCGUCACCAAGCAUAUGAAAGCUGCACACCCUGAGUUCUAUGUAGAAUGGAAGUUAGCCAAGAGGAACAAUAAACUCGCUAAGACAGGUGUACGCAACAUGUCAGCUGGAGGGAAGUCCAGUGUGGUCACAGCGUCGCAGGACAGCAGAGGGACCAGCCUCCCCGUCCCUGUAACGCAGAUGCGUAACAUAGCUGGCCAGCCUUUGCCGUACCCAGCAGGGUGUCCAAACCCUGCUGUUUCAAACUCAUCCUUCUCCACACAUUCAGCACCUGUCACGAGUCAGUCUUUGCCCAACCAAAUGGAAAACAUUUUAAACCCUAUAUUACUCUCCCAGUUGGGAGGUUCUCCAAAUCAACCUAAUUCGGUGCAGUCGCAAAUUGGGCCGAGUUUGCCAUGGCCUGCACAGCCUGGGAAUAAUCCAGAUCUUUCCCAGCAGGCCAGCUGCCCUCCUCACAUGAUGACCUCACACAUGCAAGCUCUUCCCAGUCAGCCUUUCUCUUCCCAUAUCAACACGUCCAGCGCCGGGCGGAGAAUAGAUCCCCAACACAGUGAAGUUGGUCGCUCCUCAUUACAGGGUCCGCACUCUGAGACCGCUGAUCCCUUCCUGCAGUCGCAGGUCGACAGUGGCUCGAGACUUUCGCAGACGAUGUCUGGAGAGAGUUUGCAUCCCUCUUGCGUUUCGGAUUUCACAGGUGCCAUGAUCCCAGGUGCCCCCCCUCAGAUGGAGAUGGCAAACCAAGGAUUCGGCCACAUUGAGACGCCCGGUCAAAUCAUGCCAUCGAAUAUGGACGGGCUUGCAAACUCCCUGUUGACAUCAGCUAUGGACAACAUGCCCCACCCUGUGUUGCCUUCUUACUUGGGAAGUCUGAAGGAUCCUGUUUUGUCAGAUCAGCUAGAUAAUUCUGCAAAUUCUUUGUUCCCACCUCAGAAUCAGAACAGUUCAUUUUCAAAUUUCAACUCUCCAGAUAGAAUGAUCAGUGCACAAUUGCAGAAUAACAUACAGUCAGAUUAUCCUGCGCAAGGAAAUUCCAAUUUGCAGAUAAACACAGAUGUUGGCCCUCCAGAAAGUAUGAAUGCCUCUAGAAUGGAUGGCAUAAACACAGCUGUUACAAAAACCAAGCGUAACAAAAGGGCAAAGUGGCCUGCCAUCAUUAAAGAUGGGAAGUUCAUCUGCUGCAGGUGUUUCAGGGAAUUCCCAAGCCCCAAAUCACUCGGUGGUCAUUUGUCCAAGCGGUCCCAUUGUAAAGCAUUUGAUGAGACUGACCUAACCGCAGAUUUGCCGACAUCAUUUCUUGAUCUUCUCAAUUCACCACAUGUAUUGAAUACUCACCAGCAACCGGUAUCUUCCAGUUUUAGCCCAAAUGCAGCUAUGAAGGAUCACCCUGGUCAUUCAUUAGCUAGUUGCCACUUAGAGCCAAGGUUUUUUCCAAACGUCAGCUUUCCACAAGCUAACGGCUCAGCUUAUUCAAAUGAUGGUGAGCAAAAUGAGGAGGUUCUGAAGCAGGUUCUGGACAAUCCGGCUAUUCCAAAUCUUUUUGAGUCUUCUGGAAUUCCACAACAGACAUACCAGAAUCCCUGUGGUUCUUAUCCACCUGAUGGUUGUUUGCCAGAAAGCACAGUCAUACAGCACACUGGAAAUCUCCAGAAUAAGACAGACACCGAAUCCCACAGGGAGGAUUUCAUCAAGUCGGACUUUGGCAAUAGCGAUUUUUCCGAUCCUCUUCUUUCUCAGUUACUGUCUGACAACAACUCUGCAGUUUCGUUGAAUAGUCUGCCCACAGACCAUUUGAAUCAAAUACUUAGAGCUGAAACUUUGAUGAAACUGAGAGAGGUGAAGGGGAAUGGUGGAGACCCCCAGCCAGGCGCACUGUCGAAUGAUGGCCUCCUAGCUGCAAUGGCCAGUCUGGCACAGAACCUUAUGACAAACCCCCUGUUGCAGAUCACCUCACCUGACCCUCAGAAGCCACCACUCACGCAGAGCACCUCUCAGGAUGACUCUGCGAAGAAAAAAUCUGAGAAGAAUGUCAAGAAGAAACUGCGGGAGCAGAUUUUAGCUGGAGACAUCAGUAGAAGGGGGAAUCUGCCUCAAGUGCCCAAUGCUGAUACAAACGCCAGCAUGCGGAACUGUGAGUUACAGAGUCCCCCAGCUGGUGUCCCAAAAAGUUUGAGUGGCGGCAGCCAGACUUCUGAACCCUCCACAGCGAUUCAGAUCACUUCUAACGGUGAGAGAGGGGCUGGGGUGAGCAGCGGGGUGGCUGCAUCUGUGCCCCCUCCGCAGAGUGAUGGAGCUGUGCCAAGUCAGGCUAGACCAAACGGGGAUUCCUCACAGACCCCUGAAACAUCUGUUUUGGGGGGCACUCUGACCAACGAUGACAAUCCAGCAGUCGCUCCCUCACCCACAAAUGAGGACAGAAUGGUCAUUGAAAUUCAGAGAGCUUUGGAGAGGCUGGACCUAAACUCGGAAGUGAGCGAGGAUGCUCAGCUCAUGAAUAAUUCCAGUAGUAAUGAUGUGAUCUCAAAUAACAUUGAAUCCCUCAUGCUGAAUUCCACCGUUGCUAACGACAUGCAGGUGCCUGAAAGCUUUGUCAAGCCGUUUGCGUGUGAAAGCGAGGGCUGCAAUUACAGGGCCAUGACAAAGGACGCUCUGUUCAAACACCUCAGCAAAACCCAUAGCUAUACAGAUGAAAUGAUUAUUGAAAUCAAAAAAAAUCAUGGAAAGUUUGCACCGUUCCGCUGUCAGAUGUGCAGCAAGACGUUCACUCGGAACUCCAACCUCAGAGCACACUGUCAGACGGUCCACAGCUUAUCUCAUGAGGAGAUGGUUAAGCUGAAAAUAAAACGUCAAUGUAACAAAAAGCCUGAAAUGGAGGUGAGCAAUCACCAAGUAGGCACAGUUGUAAGUACUCCUACGUGUGUUCAACACACCGCCUCUGUGAACCAUGCAGCAGCUAACGAGAAUAUUAUGCAGCAAUGUGCAUCUACAGAUGGGAGACAAGAGAGGUUAGAUGUGCCCUCUGUGCAAAAUCAAGUUUACACACAAGAGUGGGUGAAACAGGAGUAUCAGUCACAAACUUUUGAGAAACAGAGUCCCAUGAGCCUAGCUGUUCCAGAAUUACCUCAAGAUAAUUGUCACCCGGUGGGCCUACCAGUGCAACCAGCACAAAGUAUCCCCAUGAAUAAGCUGUCAACAGGUGGACAAGCUCCACAGACAGUGGCUGUGAUCGGAUACCCAAUGGAGGGGCAGUCUGCAGUGAUUGCCCCUGUAGUUGACCAGUGUUCACAGGGGCAGCAUGCAGCAGUCCCAUCCAUACCUGGCCAGUGCCUAGCGGGGCCACCUCCAGUUGGCUUUGCACCUGCUGGAAGCUCACCUGUGAGACAGGUGUCAACUGGGCUUCUUCAGUCAGAGCCCAUCCAGACUGGCACCUCUUUCCCAGAGAAAACAAAGAAGCCUAAGGUCACUAAGCCAAGAACAGUGAAGCCUAAAACUGAAAAGACUGAUGUUGACAGCCAGAAAAAGCCUAAAGAGAAGAAGCCAGUGGGUAAGAGCAGUGAAGCAGGUGAGGGUUUCAGCCCGUACAGGCCAUACCGCUGUGUCCACCAGGGGUGCGUAGCGGCCUUCACUAUCCAGCAUAAUUUAAUCCUUCAUUACCGCGCUGUGCAUCAGUCUGCCCUGCCUAAAUUUGAGGAGAACAGUGAGGAUGAACCGGAAGACCAACAGGAGGAACAGCAGGAGGUCAAAAAGGAGUGUGAGGUUGAGGCGGAGGAGUUGACAGAGGUGAACGAGUUCAGGUGUCAGGUCAAAGACUGUUCCAGGAUAUUCCAAAUGGUGACAAGCUUGCUGCAACAUUAUCUUCAGCUGCACAAAUUCACCCUGGAUAAAGCAGGUGCUCUGAUGUCCACCAUUAACCUGGGUAGGUUCCAGUGCGAUCAGCCAGACUGCAGUGCGUUCUUCACUGCUUUCUGGAAAUAUAUUGGGCAUAUCGAAACAGAUCACAAAGAGGCUAAACUGUCCAAGGUCGAACCAGUGGAAGGCCUGUUCAGGUGCGAGGUUGAGGGCUGUGACCGCGCCUACGCAACGCGGUCCAACUUGUUGCGACACACCAUGAAAAAACACCACGACCUCUAUAAACUCCAGCUGAUGAAGCAGCGGAGGGAUAAAGAGAGAGAGAAACUUAUUCCCAAGAGGUCUCAGAUCAGUGCGGUCAAAAACAACAAUGAGAAGGAGAACAUGCAGGACAACAAAAAACCCAUCCAAAAGGGACAAAACGACAAAAAGAAAAGCGACGAGGAGAAGAGCAACCACUGGACAAAGUACGGAAAGCCCUCUCUGAAAUCAAAGGAGGAGGCCUCCUCCAUGUGUACCAAGAAGUUUCCCUUGCAAUACCCGUGCAUGAUAAAGGGUUGUGAGUCUGUGGUGAGCUCAGAGCGCAACAUACUGAGGCACUACAUUAGACACGGUCUCGCAGAGCGGUACCUAGAGGAACAGAGGAGCCACUUCAUAUUCUGCAAGAAGUUCUCGCGUUCCCGCUACAGAGACCGGUUUCCCCGGAGCGACGACACAGAGAAGUCUGAGGACAGUUCCACGGAGUCGUCGGAGAACGAAGAUGGGCCAGAGACGGAGCCGAGGGGAAGCGAGACGGAGAGUUCCAAACCCGCCUCCGGGAAGGAGGAGCCUGAGCUGUCCGACUUCAAGCAGUCCACCGACGAGAGCUCGGAAUCCAAAUCCGUCGCCUCCGUGGUGGUCAAGAGGAAGAGGGGGCGGCCGCCAAAGGCAAGUCGUGAAGAAGCUGCGCCGGUUAGUCACAGGAAGACGUCGGAGAGACUGAGAGUCACGAGGAGCAACGCAGUCAGUUGUUUGGAGAACGGGUCAGACUCCGCCCCCAACGCUGCCCUGGCCCAGGAGAAGCAACCUGAACAAACCUUAGCGCUGAGCUCCUUUAAGCCCAUGGGGUUUGAAGUGUCCUUCCUAAAGUUCCUGGAGGAAUCUACAGAACCCACAAGACCUCCAAAAAGGCCAAACAGCGAGGACAUCUCUGCUGAGAUAGCACUUAAACGGCACCAAACCAUUCAGCUGAAAACCGCCACCGUCUUGUGCAAAAGGUCAGACGUGUAUAUACAACCAAGAGACACCCCAAAUCGUAUAGACUUCAAAAACCCUCAAAAAAUAACGUCUUUGAAGAAUGUGAAAAUCGUGGUGGAUAAGACCUUUUCAAAGGGCAUGGAUCAUUUGCUGAAACAGCUUCAAGAAAUGCGACCUAUAGUGAUACUUCAGAAAUAGACUAUACAAAUGAGUGUUAAGUGACUGGCUGAAUGUCUCCAUUUUCAAAGCAUAGUACUCAGGAUUAGAAUAUGAACCUGCUGCUGACUGGUGUCCAGAACCAAUAAUGCAUUUCGAUUUUUUUUUCCAACACUACACAGUAUCAACAGUCAUUUGUUAGUUAUG